GGCUCGGCGGCGGGUCUGCGGGCCCCAUGGGCGGGUGUGUGGGCUCCCACCACGACUCCUCGGGCAGCCUCAACGAGAACUCGGACGGCACCGGAGUGGCUCUGGGUCGUAACCAACCCCUGAAGAAAGAGAAACCCAAAUGGAAGAGCGAUUACCCCAUGACGGACGGGCAGCUGCGCAGUAAGAGGGAUGAGUUCUGGGACACAGCCCCGGCCUUCGAGGGCAGGAAGGAAAUUUGGGAUGCCCUCAAAGCUGCUGCCCACGCCUUCGAGAGCAACGACCACGAACUGGCACAAGCAAUCAUUGAUGGUGCAAACAUAACCCUGCCCCAUGGUGCUCUCACCGAGUGCUACGAUGAACUGGGCAACCGCUACCAGCUGCCAGUGUACUGCCUGGCCCCCCCCAUCAACAUGAUCGAGGAGAAGGGAGACCUGGAGACUCUGGACAUCCCUGAGCCCCCUCCCAACUCGGGCCACGAGUGCCAGCUGCGCCUGCGCCUGUCCACGGGCAAGGACCUGAGGCUGCAGGUGCGCAGCAUGGACAGCGUGUUCCACAUGAAGCGCCGGCUGCACGCCGUGGAGGGAGUGGAGCCGGGCAGCCAGCGCUGGUUCUUCUCUGGGAGACCCCUGGCAGAUAAAAUGAAACUGGAGGAGUUGAAAAUCCCAAAGGAUUACGUGGUGCAAGUCAUCGUGAGCCAGCCCUUAGCGAAUCCCACCCCGGUGGAAAACUAAUUUUUGGGUUUUUUUUUUUCCUGUUCGUUUUGUUGGUUCUGCUCUGCUGAGUCUCUGUUGUGGGGGUUUGGUUUUGCUGCCCUCUCUUCUCUCUUCGGGGUUGUCCUGCUCCUGUGGAUGGGUUGCAAGGAAUGACCAGCAAAAAUUCUCCAUCUGUGAUGGGGAGCUGCAAAAAUGUCAAAAUGUGACCUGGCCUCUGGGGUUUGCCUGAUCUCCUACUGAGCACGACAGCAAGAGGAACAGGGCAAAGGAAAAGGAAGGGAAAAGAGGGAGGGAAGAGAUUGUUCACCUAAUACAGCUGUGGAAUCAUCCUGAAAUGAUCAGUGGUGUCCUGGUCCGUGAGGCUGGAGCAACAGAGAGCACUUUUAUUUAAAAAAAACCAACUUGAAGAGGAAUGGAUGCCUGCAGCUCCAGCACACACAGCUCCUGCAGGAAG